AUAAAGGAAGUAAUUUUAAAUUCGAACUAAUAAUACAUUUAAGUCCGUUUUAUUCACCCCUCUGAGUUUUCGCCCUUGACAACAAACAUGGCGUCGGCGACCAGGAUCAUCCAGUGGCUGCGGAACUGGGCGGCGGGGAGGAAUCUCCAAGCUAAGUUGCAGCUUCGAUACACUGAAAUUGCUUCCAGGAGCCCACCCCCACCAAAUAUCCCAGUCGGCCCUAGCCAUAAAUUCUCAGAUAACUACUACUGCCUUCGAGAUGGCCGUCGAGAGACAUCUCCACCUACAAUUAUUUGGUCACCACAGAAAGCAUUAGAAGCAGGAACACAGGCAACCAGUGAAAGCACUGUAGCAACCACCGGUGUUAAGAAACCAGUUCAGCCUGGACAGCCAGUCAAGAUGAAGCUUUCCACUGAUCAACCUUAUCUGUGACCAUGAUAGGAAGUGAUUGUGAACUCUGACAUCUUGUAAGUGGUGUUGUCUAUGGAAAGUGUUUGAGCUGCUGAGUAAACAACUCCCUGGAGUUACAGCGUCAGUAUCCAUGUGGGAACACUGCUAUUCUAUCACUUUUUGGGUUAGUGAAAUGUUCAUGUAAACCAACUCUGUAAACAUUCAUGUUAAUAAACACCAUGUGUGAAAUUA